GUAAACCAAUUCAAUCAACCCAAAUUUAAUAAUCAAUUCAACUUUGGGUUCGAUUUAAAAAAAAGGGUUCCCUUUGCUUCCUUCAGUCACUAUAUAUAUUCCCACUUGAGCUCUCACUUCCUCUCAAACCACCAUUCCACUCAACUCUCCUGAUCUAGACAAACAGCUUCUUCAAUUUGCAGCUAAGAGAAAAUGAGGCUCUUCUUUGCUACUUUGCUUCUUUGCGCACUCCUCCUGAGCUCAUCUUUCUUGGAACCUGCCAUGGCCAAGUCCCCUUACUGCACGAAGAAAUGCAAGGCAAGGUGUGCCAAAGCAGGAGUGAAAGAUAGGUGCAUAAAGUACUGUGGAAUAUGCUGCGCUGAAUGCAAGUGUGUGCCCUCUGGAACUUAUGGGAACAAACAUGAGUGCCCUUGCUAUAGGGACAAGAAGAACUCAAAGGGCAAGCCCAAGUGCCCUUAAAAUCAUGUUUUACUUUUACCAAGUAAAAUAUGAGAGUUGUGAGUGUGUGGGUUUUUCUUUUUUAUUAGAGUAGAUAUCAUAAGAUGAGCCAUUAAUUAGAUUAUGGGUGUGUGAUCUUGUGGGAGCUCAAUCAGUGAGAUCAUGUGUUGGUGAUCUGUGGAUUUGGAUUUGCUCUUAAAAUAAAUUUAAUUUUAUAUGUUUAAUUUA